AUGUGGCGGGAAGGGGGCACGGGCAGGGGGGAGCAGGGGAAACUUUUGGCAACAGAGACCGUUCCGCCACGAGUGUUCCGUUCUGCUAAAUGCCGAAGUAAAUUAGUCACUGGGACAGAGAGGGGUAAAGGUAUCGGAGACUGCGAGGUGCGAACCGCCGAGCGGGACGCGCGAUUCAACAAUGACACGCGACUAGCGUUGCGGCCGCGCGAUUUCGCACCGAAACGCCCCGAAAAUAGAGUUCAGAGCCGCGCGGAGCCGCUUCCGCUGAAA